GCGAGAAAGAGAGAGAGAGAGAACACUGAUGUGUAGAUUGCAGGAACUGGGAGUAAGAGUAGGGUGGAAUUCACACGGAAUAUUCAGCUGUAGCUGUACAUUUCGUUGGAUAUAUGUUUUCAUAAUAAUUAUUGCGACUUGGACACUAUUUCUCAUGUCUCAGAUGCGAUAGUGUUUUCAUCACAUCACUGCCCCCGGGGCACAGUGGAUAUUAUUUAACUACGCUCGAACAGCCGUCAGCCUUCACUUUCGAGGUUUUGGAGUUGAUCAAUUCAUUGAAUCAGAAAAUACAUUCUUAACAUGGCUACGGAUCAAGAAAAGAAUAAACAGCUUUUGAUAAAGCUGUUGGAGAGACCAGGGAACGGGAGCUGUGUGGAUUGCGGAGCCGCAGACCCGGAGUGGGCGUCCUACACCCUGGGUGUGUUUGUGUGUCAGAGCUGCUCGGGUCUCCAUAGAAACAUCUCCCAGAUCAGCAAAGUCAAGUCUGUCCUGCUGGACCCAUGGAGUGAUGCAGAGGUAGAGUUUAUGGCGUCCAACGGCAACGAUGCUGCUAAAGCCAAAUAUGAACAGAAGGUGCCUGUUUUCUACUACCGUCCAACACACACAGACUGCCAGCUCCUUCGGGAACAGUGGAUCAGAGCCAGAUACGAGAGGAAGGAGUUUGUGUGUGUGGAGAGACAGGAGCCUUACUCUGCAGGGUACCGAGAGGGGUUUCUAUGGAAACGGGCCCGAGAUAACGGACAGUUCCUGAGCCGAAAAUGUAUUCUGUCAGAGCGGGAUGGUGCUCUGAAGUACUUCAACAAGCAUGAUGCCAGAGAGCCCAAGGCUCUGAUGAAGAUCCACACCCUGAACGCCUCCUUCCAGCCUGGGAAGAUAGGCCAGCCCCACGGCCUGCAGGUCACCUAUCUGAAGGACAACAGCACUAGGAACAUCUUUGUCUACCACAAGGAUGGCAAGGAAAUGGUGGACUGGUUCAACGCCAUCAGAGCAGCCAGAUUUCACUACCUACAGGUCGCUUUCCCUGGGGCCCAUCACGCUGAUUUGGUGCCAAAGCUAACACGAAACUACAUCAAGGAAGGCUACAUGGAGAAGACGGGUCCAAAGCACACAGAGGGCUUCAAGAAGAGAUGGUUCACUAUAGAUGACAGGAGACUCAUGUACUUCAAGGAUCCUCUGGAUGCCUAUGCGCGCGGUGAGGUGUUCAUUGGUAGUAAGGAGAACAGCUACACUGUGCUCCCCGGCCUUCCCCCAUCCACCCAGGGCUACCACUGGCAGUUUGGCAUCACCAUAGUAACACCCGACAGGAAGUUCCUGUUUACGUGUGAGACCGAGGAGGAGCAGCAGGAUUGGAUGGCUGCCUUUCAGGGUUUGGUGAAUCGACCUAUGCUGCCCCAGGAAUAUGCAGUGGAGGCCCACUUUAAGCACAAGCCCUGAGAGGAGGAGGACAAGAAGGAAAAAGAGGGAGGCUGGACAUAUCCCCUGGAUGAAGACAGUCAAAUAGGAUCCUUCUCCUCAUAAGGAGAAAAAAAGAUAUACAAUUAAAGAUAAACCACACAGAGCAG